UUGUGAAACAUCUGGAGGGACGAUCCUGGGAAGAAUUCAGCUUGCUGGGUUCUGCUGAGUGGGGCUGAAACACUGUGUUCCCUCUGUGUGUCCGCGUUGCUGUUUGCCUCCCUGCUCGUCUCCCUCUCCGUCUCCCAGCUGGUUGUCUCUCCUCCUGGCUGGCGCUGCAAUGUGGCAGUCUCUGCAGUGAAAGUGCUGGCUGGCAGAUUCUCCUUGUGUGAACCCUGACUCUGCGCAGUGAGAGUUUGCCGCUCUGCUUCCGUCCCGUCCCACACUGACUCAGCUGUGAAGCCAGCCGCCGGGCCACAGGAGCAGCAGCGUUUUCCACAUGAGUGCAUUUGAAGGUUUCCAAGAGACUUCAAGACUAUAGCAGCACUUUUUUGGGGGGGAUUCCAGUCUCCAAAUUUUAUCCUACACAUCUGGAAAACAGUAUCAAAGUGAGCUGGGGCCAGCUGCCAUGGAAGUCCGGUGGACUGGGGUCGAACGCUCCAAGCUGGGCUCUCCAUAUGCAGCCUUUACUUUGCUGCUUGGUGUUUGGUCUGCUCAGGGCCUGGAGAUGUCAGUGGGAAAAGUUCCCUUCCUGGAAGCAGUGAACGGCAGCACAGUCAUGUUGCCUUGCACAUAUGCCAGCUGCAUCGGCAUCAAAGACCUGUAUUUUAACUGGCAAUACAACGAUAAUGGCACAAUGCAAAAGGUGUGUGACGCUGUGAUACCGACAGAGGACUCGGAUCCUGAUGUGAAAAUAUUCAAAGACAGAGUGGAGUUUAUCGGAAAGAACCACAAAAACAACGUCUCCAUCUUGAUAUGGAACAUCACCUUCGAGGACGGAGGCCUGUACACGUGCUUUGGGCGCAAUCCCAAAGAGAAGAACAAGAACCACAGCGCAGUUUUCCACCUUAUUGUUGUGAACGAAUUAAGGGUGGUGGACAACACGCUGACCAUCAUUAUAGCCUCGGCUGUAGGUGGAGCCAUUGCGUUCCUGAUGGCCUUCAUGUUGCUCAAGAACUUCACUCUCUUUGUUCUUGCCAAACUUGAGGAGAAAAAUAAGGAGUGCCUUGUCUCUUCUUCAGGGAUCGACAACACUGAGAACGGCCUCUCAGGAUCCAAAGCUGAUUCCAAACCAACGCCAAAAAAGAAAUGAGGCCGGGGGGCACGUAAAACUUAAACAUGACUCAGCUUUAGAUCAUAUUUGCUAAUAUUUCUAGAUGCAAAUGUGUUGAUGGGUCAUUGUGUCUAAUUUAAUAACUCUGGUCAUGAAGUUUGAAUGAGAAAACAUACAUUUUCACAUAAUGACACCAAAUGUGCUAUGAGUGGUAACUGUGCAAAUGAUAUACAACUUAAGAUUGUGUAUACAAAUUUUGCACAAUUAUGUUGUUCAUUGCUUAUGUUAUAAAACUAACUUAUUUAGGAUGAAUAGCUAAGCAACAAAGCAUUACAUCAAGUAAUUCUAAAGUAUGCCUGAAAUUAAUUUGUAGAGGAAAAAUAAAAUCAGAUCUAACAGACCUGUUUCACAAUUUGAAAAAUACACGACAUAGGACAAGCACACAGGUGUAUUAAUGUCCCUUUUCCACUAAAUGAAGACCGCUCUAAGAUUUUCCAUUUCCUUCAACACUUUGGAAUGACACUGAAUCAUGACUUUGCAAUUGCUAUUUUCCAAAGAUUUUUAGUGUUUUAAGAGUAGAAUACUAUGUUUUCAGACAAUCUGUGACUUUUCCUUGCCAUUAUUAGAGGUUUCUGAAUCUCUAACAUCAGUUUCAGCCAUGGUGAAGAAGAGGAAACAACAUAAGUAUUUUUAUGAGCCUAUUGGCAGCAUUUGUUUGUUUUUUUUUUACAUAGCGCUGUGGGUUGCCCAGCACACCACCCUUUGCAUCCUGAAUUUUAAUUAGGCACAGCACUUUGUGCACAUACCUCUGAUCAGACAGAAGUAUCAUGGACACAAACCGAUCCAAAAUUUGGGUUUUAUUUACUCAGUUUUUUGAGUUUUUUGGAAUACACCCUUCAUUAAUACACCUGUUUUUGUGCUACUAUUCAGUUCAAACUUCUGCCACAGAGACAUUGUUCAAAUUUAGAAUGUAUGGCAAUUAUGUUGCCAUACAACAUAACUGCUCCUUACUCUUCCUUAGGUAGAAGAAUAUAUCUUACUUGUGUAAUGAGAUUUGACUGAAGUAAGAAUUUCCCACCAGCAUCUACAAGCUCUUUAUUCUGAAAUCAUGUUUUACACAAUAAAUUUCCCCCUCUUUUUUUUCCUUUAAAUGAUUCAAAUAACAACCAAACAAAUUAUAUUUUUAUUUUGUCAUUAAAAGGUGGUGCAAGUUAUGAAAAUGUGUAGCUACACAAGUAAAAAGAAAAUCAAGUUGUAUAGCAUCCAGCAUAGUUACUCGCUGUUUGUUUCCACCGAACAUCCACUGCCAUUUUAGGCAUAAAAAAAUAUAUUUGACUGUUCUUCAUCCAAAGUCAAAACACAAACCUUAAUUUAAUUGCUUUAGGCUGAGAAAAUUUAAUACAAUUACAGCUGGAAUGAAGCCCCUUGAAAUAAACACCAAAUCUCACAUAUUAAUAAUGUGUAAACAGAUAAUUCUGUUUAUAUUCAGUAUUUUUCUACAUAAAUUUGUCAUAUGUUUAGCUUUAGAGAAGGAAAGAGGGCUUUAACUAGUUUUAAUGCAAAUAUCAUAGUAUUGUAGAAUUCAGCCUAGUUUUUUCAUGCCAUAUCUCCUCCUUGCUUGAAAACAACACAUGUGCCUGUUAAAGCAGAAAAGCUUUAGUAUUCAGUAGGAUAGCUAAAUAUUGCAAAAACAGUUUUUAAACCCCUAACUGUUACAAGACAACAAGCUUUUACAUCAAAAUGAUAGACAAUCUCGCAAUAUCUAGAUAAAUGAAUACCAUUCAGAGGAUGCUGCUUUUCAAAUAAAUACCCAGAGCAUGUGCAACAUGGGCCAGAUUUUAGAUCUAAUGCUUAAAUAUAACAUAUAAAGAGAUAUAAAUAUACUUUAAGAAUACUAACACUGGUAGUGUCAGGACUGAAAUGAAUUGCAAACCAAUUUCAUGCUAUGCUAAUGCCAUUAAGCUAACCCUGUCUGGGCUAAGCAGUAGUUGCUGUAGAUGCGAGAGAAAACAGACCACUUCCUUACACUGUAAAAUCUGCUGGGUUAAAGCCAAUUCAGUACAGGUUAUGCUGUCUGUCCUGGGUUGAAUAUGGACUGAUCCAGCCACUGAGCAAAAAAGGGUUUUUUGUCUUGGGCCUGAAUUUUCCAACCAAAAACAUUGCUAAUAGGUCCUCAGUGAAGGAAUUAGCUCUUGAUCAUCCAAAAUGUUAUAAUUUCAUCACCCAAUUUAUGAUGCAUUUGGCAUAGUAGGAAAGGAAAUUGGCACUGUUGGGGGAAAAAAAGGAGAAAAACAAUAAAAAUGUGGUUUUGAAUUUGAAUUAACUUAUAAGUUUUGCCUGUUUUUAGUGUGAAGCCCUCAACCCUUCUCCUUUAUUCAACACUACCUAAAAAUUGGUUGAAGAAAUCUUGUCUAUAGAGACUUUGUGACUAAUUGUUUGGUAAAAGUGUGGAUGUUAAUACUUAGCAGAUAAAAGGCUAUUAUUGAAUGAAUGUGUUCUCUACUGUGAAAUAAAGACAAUGAUCUACACCACAGAUACAGACAUUUUUCUAAAUUAUCUUUUUUUUCAUUUUACAAAUUUCUAUUUAAUCUUGUGUAAGAAGUUCAGUGAACUUUAAUCAGAUUAUUCUAAAAUAUCUAUUGAGAAUGGCAGAGUUCCUAGUUUCUUCUUUGGUCUUCCUGCCUGAGUAAAAUUUUUUGACCAAACUUUUGGAUAAAAUAACUCGAAUUCUGUUUAAGAAAAAUAACCCAGCAGUUUUUAUGCGUGUAAUAUUGGGAGGGAUAAUGUUUGAGGUUUUUUAAACACAAGUACUGAUUUUAUUAAAAUUAAUUUCUAAUUUAGAACAAAGACAGAAAGCAUCCUUAAACUAAAUGUUAUUGAGUUUGUUGAUGUUGCAAAUGUCAGACGGUAGGCUGAGUGGAGGGCUCACAGUUCAAGUUUAUUGCACAAGAAAAAAAGGAAGAUGAUGGUUUCAUUGUCGCAGCUUUUGUGAGACAGAAAAGUUUCCAACAGAGUUUUGCUUUAUGGGGAGAUCAAAACCUUGCAAAGUACAAUUUUAAGUAGCUGUAAGAGAACAAUGGCUUAAAAAUACUUAUACUUAAUCAAGAAAUUGGAAGACAGGUGCAUGUAAACUAAAUAAGACAGUACUGUAAAAUGAAAUGUAAUUUUCUGAUGGUUUCCUCAUUGCUUUGUAAAAAAAAAUAAAAAUAAUUAACGUGCCUCAAUCUUUAAAUAAUAGCUUGAAGCAAUAUUUUAAUGGGGUACUCUGGGCUCUUUAAGAAGAUGUAUAUUUUUGUGUAUGUGUAAUCCAGAUUGGAUUCAUCUUUCACAUUGUUCAUGCAAGUGCAACGCAAAAAAGCAAAAACAAACAGCACAAAAAUGUGAGACCAUCAGUGGCGGAUCUUGCAUGUAUGGGGCCCUGGGCAAGCAACCACUCCCGCUAGUCAACUGUUUGUUGACUAGCAACAGGUGCAAUAUUAUAUUUUCUGCUUCCAUGGUACACAAUACAUUGCAAGUUUGUGAAGAGAAAAUGUCUUCAAAUUGUUCGCUUGGCGUAGCUAAAACGAAGAACUCCAGCUAACCGUGGAAUAAGUGGAGAGAGGCUGUCUUGCAUUGGGACAGUUUGAUUGACAUCUUGUACGACCAUAACUCCUGAAAACCAUCCAAAAUGCAGGAAAUAAUCAGAAGUUAUGGUUUGGGGGGAAAAGGCAGUGCAAAAAGCAAGUAACCUGUUCUCUAUUGGGUACAUGCAUUUCAAAAACAAUAGAAAAAAUGUACAAGGUGCAACUGACAGAUAAAAAAAAAAGUCAUAUCACAAUUUGUUAUGAUCCUCCUGCACCUCAUGUUCUAAUGCCGCCCUGGGUUACUGCCCAUGUGGCCCAAAACUAAACCGCCACUGGAUGCCGUCAUCGCUGGCAACCAAACCAUACAUGAUUUAUUUAUUUAUUUAUCUUCUCUCUCUAUCUCUCUUUUUUUAAAGCUGACUGACUUUUGUUAUUUAGUUCUAGUUCACUAGUUUAUAAAUUUGUUCAGUUCCUAGUAAAAAAGUAAAAACAAUUUGUACAAAAGAAAAGUUAGAUAGAGAGUGAUUUGUUCUGCAGAGACACUCCACCCAUCAGUAGGAGAAAUCGAUACAUUUAAAAAGUCCAGUUUUUACUGUGCCUGUGUUGUUCUCUGACUUUGGAAACAUUUAUAAAGAUUUAGCCAAAUAAUAAUAAUUAAUUUAAAGUGGGUGAAGUUUCUCUGCUAACUUUAAGGAACUUUUACAGUGAAUUGUUUUUUUUUAAAUAUCAAUUUUUUAAAUUACAUUCUGAAAACAAUAUCAACCAUCUUGUCAAAACAAAUGUGAUAGUGUAUGCAACUCUAUGCAAAUGACAGCAGGACCUCUGAUUUACUGUGACAGCUUCGAUACAGCAGUAGUUACCUUAGGUAUGUGCGCUGCGGUUAUGACAUGCAGGCGGGAUCCAGAACCCCCUGAACUGGAACAGAAACUGAGAAGCCUGUGGACUCUGUUGCUUCUCUCCCUACUGCUCUCUGCAUUUAAAUAUACAGCUGUAACGCUCCAGCCUGCACUUAGAUAAAGUCACUGUUUCCAACAUCUCUUAUAUGCAUAUC